GUACAGACAGAAGUUCAUCAGUUUUCAGAGCUCAUCUAUCGCACAUACAGAGACUUCUCUAUCUGCCGCACACUUCAGGAAAGGAGAGGAACACACGCCACAAGCAGCUCUGGGACUCGUCUUUUCUUGUUUCUCUGAAGGAGAGGCACUCUCUCUUUCUCUCUCUCACGCACACACACAAGCGCACACCAGCUGGGGCACUUCAGACAGGAGUGCAGCGCCUCCACGAGCUACAGGUGAUUGUUCCACCAUGUGAGAGUGUCUGCACGAUGGGGCUCUCUUGACCUCCGAGGAUCUCCUGCUCCUCCUGCUCUUCUUCAGGCGAAAGACGAGGGAUCCGCUCCUCGUCUCCUGCGAUUCCCCAAGCCCUCCCCACCCAUCCCGGAGGCCUUUACCUUCCCCUCCGAGCCCUCAGCUUUCCCGGCGAACCGCUCCCAGGACGGCGCCCACAGCAGCAGGCAUGGACCUGUCUCUGUGGCAGUACCAGUUCCGGAUCAUCAUGCUGGGAGACUCCACAGUGGGAAAAUCCUCGCUCCUCAAGCGCUACACCGAGGACGUCUUCCUGGAGAGCAUAAACCAAACCGUGGGGGUUGACUUCUACGUGCACUUCCUGGAGGUAGAGCCAGGCGUGAGGAUCAAGCUGCAGUUUUGGGACACAGCCGGCCAGGAGAGGUUCAGGUCCGUCACGCGCUCCUACUACCGCAACUCGGUGGGCGGGCUGCUGGUGUUCGACCUGGGGAACCGGGCGUCGUUCGAGCACGUGCAGGACUGGCACGCGGAGGUGCGGGAGCGGGUGCAGCCCCACACCGUGCUCUUCGUGCUGGUGGGACACAAGAGCGACCGCGAGGCGGACGGGGAGCGCGUGGUGGGGCGCGAGGAGGCCGAGCGGCUGGCCGGCCAGCUGGGGGCGCCCUACGUGGAGGCCUCGUCCAAGACGGGGCAGAGCGUGGUGGAGGCCUUCGAGCUGCUGACGCGCCGCGUCUACCAGGGCCUGCGCAGCGGUGAGGUGCAGAUGCGCGAAGGCUGGGACGGGGUCAAGUGCUCCGCCCCCCGCGCCAUGCAGCUCCGCUCAUCCCAGCACGCCACGCCCUCCAAAGAGAACAAGAGCUGCGCCUGUUAGGCCCCGGCGCCCGCCCCGCCCUGCCUCGGCACAAAACUCAGGACCCCCCCACUGCUGCCGCCUGGCUCCGACUGGAAAGAUCUCGGAAAGACCUUGGAUGGACCCGGGAGAAGGCCUGUGCAGCGUGGAUGUGAACUCAGACAGGAGCCGGCGGCACACAGAUUCCCCUGCAGAGCAGUUAAAGACCGGCUAUUUCACGCAACAGGCUUUGCGCCGGUUUGGCUGGGGCUCAUUCACGUUUCAAGGGAGCUGGCAUUUCAUUCAGCUGCACCAUCAGAAGCAGCAGGAACUCCUUUCCAACACCGUCAGCCAGAACAAAUGGCAAAUUCUCAUUCAGCCGUUUCCUCACCCAUGUAGUUUUGAGGAUGAAGUUCUAUCAGUGAAGCUCCUUCAGCCCCUCCACUCCUCCUGUAAGAGUCAGCGCAUCUGUCUCCCCAAACGCAGUGGGUCUUUGGGCAUGGAUAUGCUCUGUCCCCACAGUUGUGCCCCCCCCCUCUCCAUUCAUAGUGCUCAGGGACCGGGAGCACAGCUGAGUGCUGUUUCUUCCCACUCUCAUCUGAUCUUUGCACACAAGAAAAUGGAUGUGUGGUUUUUCUCAUCAAACUUUUCAUAUAAUCAUCUUUGACUGGCCCAGAUGGUCAACGUAUUACCUCUGAGCCAAUCACAGACAAAUGCACAGAAGUAUUUGUUGAGUUAAAAUAUGUCCCCCAUUUCUCUCAACUAUAUACCAGUAGAGUGUAUACAGUUGUUACAAUGUUGACCCCAUUCUGUUCUUAAAUUUUCUCUAAGAACACCUCAUAACCCUUUAUCAGUAUCUUUACUACAAUGCAAGAUUUGUAAACUUGUUUUCUGGGUGAAUGCUGCAGUCACUGAUAUUUGAUAGUGUGUGGAUCUGCUGGUGUUGGAGGUUCAGUGAGUGGGGUGAGCCAUCCAGGUGAUUUAAAGAUCAAUGAAUCUGAGUGGCGUCUGUGCAGCUUUGAUUCAACAAAACACAAACAGAGCUAUCUCUCAGCACCCAACAUGAAUCUGUGAUUGGCCAAUCCCCAUCGCAGUACUCAAGCCCAGACUAGUCUGAACAUAUUCCACAGCCUUUAGCUGCGUACACUUCCAUCAGCACAUGUGAAAUGCUUUUGUAGUUUUGCUUGAUGGACUCUUUCUCACUUCCUUGCUGCUUCAUAGGUCACACGGGAUCACAGAAAUCAAUUUAUUAUACACAAAUUGAUCUCCAUGGCAAAUAUAAGUGCAAAGCCCGUUGUGAGGGCAACUUCCAGCACCUACCUCUCUCAUAUUACCCGGGGAGCAGGGGCAGAGGCCACGCCCUUUGGCUUGCUCCACACUUCCAUUUUCCCUGCUCACUGCAGGCCUGCACAUAUGGGUUACGCAAAUGCAGGAGUACAGAAACCGCAAAGAAAGGAAAGCACGAGAGACUCAGAAAGCACAGUGCCGGCAGACUCCGGGGCUCCCGCUCUGAGAACGAGAAAGAGCAGGAUGGGAUUCCUGCACGGCUCCGGGGAGAAACACAGGACUGCCCGUGCUUUCACUCCUGCUUUCCGACAGCGGACGGUGUGUACGUUCUCAGGCCUUUCACCAAAGAUGUUUAUCCGUGUUUAGCAACACUGUUCACAGACACAAUACCGUGUGUAAAGGAACCUUGUUGCACCUUGUUUGAGAAAAUGUGUUUGAUUUGCAUGACAGACUGAGAUGUAAAAUGGACACUCUGCACGUCUCUUUUACAUAAGUGACAGCAAAUAAACUAUAUAAGUAACAGCACUCUGGUGCAUUUUUUAUUCGUAAGGCAGACGGCCCUACCCACAGCCACUUAUGCCUGCAGGCAAUGCAAGCAAUAACUCUGGACAGCAUUUAGAUACGAAAGUCAUUCAUAACUCAACUGAAACAAAACACAGCUGUAAUAAAGAACGCUACAAAAAAACACUCAGGAAACGUCACAGUGAAGGUGACUGAAAAAAAUUCAAAAGUGAGUCCUAUAAGUGCAAAUGGAAAGAA